UUCCAUAUCCAACAAUUCCGUCUUCACCUCGGUACAUCAUGGCGUAGCAAUGUGGAUGGACGGGGGCAGUACUGGUCGGCACGGAGAAGUUCAGAAACCAAGUAGCGUUGCUGCAAGAUUAUCGUAAACAAUCAACAAAUCAACGGGCAUUUCGAAAUCGACUUCGAGCGGACUUUUGGUUCAUCAGUGACUAAAGAUGAUGGCUGAUGCCAGCGACAUGUUGGCAGCCGCCCUGGAGCAGAUGGAUGGCAUUAUAGCAGGCUCCAAGGCUCUGGACUACUCCAAUGGGCUGUAUGACUGUCAGUCCCCCACCUCCCCGUUCAUGGGCAGCCUGCGGGCACUUCACCUUUUGGAAGACCUCAGGAGCGUCCUGGAGUUAAUGGACACAGAGGAAAGGGAGAGUCUACGAUGCCAGAUCCCUGACUCCACAGCUGACAGUCUGGUCGAGUGGCUCCACGGUCACUUGUCCAACGGGCACAUCUCUCUGAGUGGGGCGGACCACUACCAGGAACGGCUUUCCCGAAUAGAAAGUGAUAAGGAAUCACUGGUUCUUCAGGUGAGCGUGCUGACGGACCAGGUGGAGGCUCAAGGAGAGAAGAUUCGAGACCUGGACUUCUGCUUAGAUGAGCACAGGGACAAACUCGACGCCACUGAGGAGAUGCUACAACAGGAGCUUAUGUGCAGAAAUGCACUGGAGACCCAGAAGCUGGACCUGAUUUCUGAAGUGUCCAACCUGAAGCUGAAGCUGAAUUCCAUCGAGAAGGACCGACUUGAUUUUGAUGAUAGCUUUAGGGAUAGUGAGGAUUUGAUUCUUGAAAUUAAUGAACUGCGGUACAGAUUGACAGAGCUGGAGAGUGAAAAACAACAGUAUGAAAAGAAACUUAAAUCUACAAAGGAGGAGCUAGCCAUACUGAGGAGGCAGUUGGAGGGCCAAGACGGAGAUAUGAGGAGACUACAGGAUGAGACGGGCUUCGGAAUCACCGCCUCGAGCAGUUCAGAUCUGACAGAGAGAGUCUCUCAUCCAGAUGAAACUCUUAGAAAAAGGCUGAAAGAAAAACAUGUGGAAGUGCAGAGAAUGAAAAAGGCAGUUGAGUCGUUGAUGGCAGCCAAUGAAGAGAAGGAUCGAAAGAUUGAUGAACUAAAGCAGUCGCUGCUGCGGUAUAAGAAGGUCCAAGAGAUGGUGAUGUCAGUGCAAGGGAAGAAAGAUAAAAGCAAAGACAGCGAGCACAUGGAGAGUCAUGGUGAUGAAUCCAUUGCAUGCUGGUCAACCAUCCCUGUGUUUGGGGAAUCAGAAAAGUAUGAACAAGAUGAACAACUGAAAAGAAGGAGCCCAGAUGAGUUGGAGAUCCUCAAUGGACUGAAUGAAGAGUCUUCACCCACACCGAGCCCUUCAGAUCCAGAAGGAGUAUCAGAGUCGGCACCAACAGAUGUAGAAAGCAGCCAAGAUGCUACAAAGACUGGCAGCCGGGACCAGCUGGAUAGGAGCAAUAAUCAAAAGAAUGCUAGUGAAGAGACCAGUGACAAGCCGCCCAUGAGUGCCUCAGCCACCUUGCCUGCCACCACAGAAGAUGAGAGCUUUGGCUCGAGAAAGGCUCGUUCAUCCUUUGGAAAAGGCUUCUUCAAGAUCCGUGGGGCCAAGAAGACCGCCGGUACCCUGAACCUCGACCGCAGCCGGAGUGCAAGUGCGCCUAUGUUAGCUGAAACGGAGCAACAGGGCACUGACCAUCUGGAUCUGGCCGGGCUGCCACAGAGGUCGGCUAACAGCGACAGCACCAACACGUUGUCUACAACCCAAGAGAGCAGGAAAAAGUCCAAAGGAAUAAAGAAACUCUUUGGGAAGUGAGUAGAAAACAACAUAGAAUCUUAAGCUUUUCAUUUUAAGAAUAACACUUUCAGAUUUAGUUAUAAAUAAAGCUGCAAUCACCUUUGCGCACGUGGUGGGAACAGGCUGGACGCCGACUCGCGUGACUUUUGGAAAAAGUGCCCACAAUUUAGACGUUUCUUUUCCUGGAUUGAGUGACGCUGAAAAUUAUGUUUUGCAGUCCACCACUUUCUGUAUCGACUGUAUGGCACGGGACAACAUGCAUCAACAUGUUUCAUACUGCUCUAUAACAUGUGUUGUAGACGAUGUCAUGUAAAUGUUA